GUAGAGACUACGACGUGGACCGACCAUCGUAAUAUCUUCGACUGAUAUUCGCUAUGCCUAAGGAACACGAGUCGACAAUGUUUCCUUGGCCAAACUAGCCUCCACUUUUGAUGAAACGCGACCGAAAACUGCUUGAGGUUCGUCCGAUGCUGCAGUUUCUGAUUCUGUCGGGACUGAUCGGCUAUUUUUGUACGGGCUCGGGCUUCCGGCUGAUGUCUAAAUCGGUUUCCUCUCCAUCGGUGAAUUUUGCCUCGGCUAGUGUGCGUUUUCGGUUACGAGCCCGACCCAGGUCAAAUGAAAAGGUCAAGGCUUCAAUUGUUUGUCUUGUCCAAUGAUUGAGCUUUCAAGGGCUAUUGAAGGUUGGCAAGGUGAAGUGAGAAUUGCGCGGUCAGCGUACGA